AUGAACAUUCGCAGCAUACAGGAUUGUGAGUUUGUGACGAUGUGAACACGGGAUUCGUCUUGUUUCCUUUUGUUGUUGUACUGAGAACUUCAGAAUUACAUGUCGCACCUGGUGUGCCGUAAUUAAUAACAUGAUUUAUGACAAGGACACAAUCUAUUGUAAACCUUGUGUACAUCAUGACAGACACGUGCUUUUGUCUUCUUGAAGGUCAUUCCAAUUUAGAGCUCAAUGAAGGGAUGGAAGAGAAAGACAUAUUGCCGAGAGAUAGGUGACGUGAGGGGCGAUCACUCUGCUGACGUUCAGCCCAACCUAAAUCAGUCAAAAAUCCUGAUCAUUAUUUCCUUUCUGUUUUGAAACUAGUACAAUGGGGUAACCUAUAGUUAUUGUAGAGAAGACACUACUAUCAAUAACAAAGUCAUUUUCUGAAAUAACUGGAAGCGUUCCAAUUCCCCAACUAAGGAACGUGACUUUAUUUCUACCCUCAUUGCUUACUCAAUACUGCUUUGUUUCAGUUAUGAGCUUAAGAAAACCCCUUACAGCAAAAGAACAUAAAAAUAUUAUACACCGCGCUUGAUUUAUGAAGCUUUGUUCAUAAAUGAACAUAACAUUCCACUUUCUUAAGUGUAAAUUCUACUUUCUUCCAUGCCUGCAAGUCCUUCUUUUGUGCUAAGUUUAUGCAAGUUUUUUUCUAAAAAAAACAAAACAAAACAAAACAACAACAGAAAAAAAAAAAGGUGCAUAUAAGAGAGGUAACACUUUUCUCGCCGUAACAUUUCGCGAUUGAAAUAAUUCAAUGGCGGUAAAACGCGCAUUUGGGAAGAGCUGGAGCUGUUAACAUCUCAAACUAGUUAAUCUGGAAAGCGCCACGGCAUUUAUUAGACGUGUUAAAUAACAAAAAGGUGGCCUGCAAAUAGGCACGAAAAAGAUGAGAACGGACAUUUCAGAGUUAAUGCAAGUUUACUAAUCCAAUGGAGACUUCAUCGCUCUUUUGCUGAAAACCACCCAAAACAGGUUCAUAUAUUAUUAACGACAUGUUUUCUAUCAAGACAAGCUCUAACUGGUUCACAAGUCGUUCUUGGCAGAAGGAAAUAUGGCAAAGUUUCAAAACAGCCAUUCAUAAACCACAAAACAUCACACCACCCGCAAAAACACCAAAUUGGAAGACAGAGCUUUUGUUGACGUAAGCAAAUGUCAAAAUAUUGGCUAUCUCACUUGACAAGAAAUGUGAGAAAAACACUCCAAUCAAUCGAAUAAUUUGCCUUUGUUUAUUUGGAAGGUUAUUAACAAUGCUUUGUAGCUCUCCUCCGUUUAACGAGCGAGUCGCACAGCGUUUUGCAUUUAAAGUGCUGUUUUGAAGUCAAAGUGUGUCUAAAUGCAUUCUUAUCUAUCGAAGGAACAAAGGGAAAGUUAUCUUAGAGAGUUGUUUUAUUCUUCGUUCAGCGACAGGCGAGCGAGCGUAGCUGUAAGAAAUGAAGAAGUUCGAAGCCUUGCUAAACAUCUGAGGAAACUUUACAGCCUAGUAGAGAUUGGAAAAGGACUUUCUCCGGACGCAGAGAGCGCUCUAAAAGAGAUCAUUAAGUUCUGUACGAAAGGCAGACCGGGUUUCUACGAAGCCAAAAUGAUGGCAGACUACAAGAAACUUUUGUUUUUUCGCGGGCAAAGAGAAGAAAUGGAAAGAAGCAUUCAAGAGCAGCAGUGCUUUCAGUGUAUUCAUAAGAAGAAGAAACCCUUAGCUGUCCUGCGAGAAGACGACUGGUAUUGGGGAACAAAGCAACAGCUCAGAUGUGGAGAAAUCAUUGCAGACACACUCGGAGGACUCGAUCCUGCGUUUGGUGUCCUUUUGCAUCCUGCAGGGGGAAGGACAGAACUUGCAAAUCCAAACAACAAACAGUUUCGAAUCACGGGUAAAGAGAAAGAAGAAAUAGAGGCCAUCCUGUAUCACACUGCAACACAUGAUGCCUGUGGUUACCUCAGCGAGUAUCACAAGAUUGGGCCUGGGUACAACUACCUCGGUACCAUGCUGACCGUGUUUCCCACAUGCAUCCCACAGAGUGGAAGAUUGGCAGCGCUUAUGUUCUGGAAGAAGUUGAUCAACGAACCUGAUACUCCAUUUGAGUAUUGAAAAAUCAAAUAUUAUCAGUUACCCGAAGCUGAUAAUCGGCCCUACUGGAGCCUAGUUUUAUUGUCGAGUAUGCUUCUGUUACUAUUCCAGUUGGGCUAAUCACACUCAAGUUAUCUGUGAUCUUCGUUUACAGAUAUACACGAUAUGAUAAUCUAGGGUGUUUAAGGAGAAUGGGAUUUAAUAUCUGUUGAAACCUAAUAACCUAAAUAGGUUUUUCUGAGUAAAAGAAGUAGCUAAGAUCCUUUUCAGGGGUGAGGGCUAGGUUGUAUUUGCAACUUUUUUUUAGAAUAAUACGGUAGUUUUGUUUUGGAGUCUUUGGCUAGUUUACGUCAAACGGCUGAAGCGGUGAACAAGUUAGCAAAAAAAACUAACGCAAAGUGUCUCCUCUUCACACUGUUUGAAAAAAACAUGUACAAAGAAGGAAAAGCAUGGGAAAAAUUGACAAAAAAUAAAAAAAGGAACAGUUCCAGGUUCCGAUGCUGACUCGUUGAAAAAGUCACUGAUACUAAUCAUGAUGAUAAUGAUAGCGAUCAUGACGAUGUUGAUAGUGGAUUCUUUACAAAUACAGUAUUUUUUAGUACUUUUAAGGGUUUUUUAUAUUAAAAAUUAGAUUUGAUUGAAAAAGAUUAUCCUCGCAAGUGAGGAAGUUGUUACGAUUAACCGAUUAACCGUUUUGUCGACCUGACAAUCGAUACAAUGUUGCUUAGAAUUAGUAAAAGCUUAAUCUCUCUCGUUUAUGUGUAAACUCAAUGAGGGCGUAAAAAAAGAUCAAACUGAUCGUCUAAUUAAAAAUUUUGUAAUACUUGUCAAAC